AUGGAAGAGGAGGACAGGCUGAGCAGCCUCCCCGACGACCUCCUCCACUCCAUCCUCCGCGAGCUCCCGUUCAAGCACGCCGUCCGAACGAGCGCCCUCUCCCGGCGGUGGGCGCCGCAGUGGCUCCGCGCGCUCGCCUCCUCCCGGGUCCUCGACUUCACCGACCGAGACUUGGCCCGCGGCCAGCUGCCCGCGCGGGCCGCGGCGGCCACGAUGCGUCGCUGCCUUGAGCUCCACGCCGAGCACGGCGCGCCACUGGACGUGUUCCGUGUGGCGCUCAUGUUGCCGCCAGGGUCGAGCGACGGCGUGUUCGGGCGCGACGUGGUCGGCUGGAUCGCGUCCGCCGUGGCGAGGGGCGCCAGGGAGGUCGAGGUGGAACUGAUACCGACACCGACACCGACACUUAGGGGCCUGGUUCCGGACUCCGACGACGGAAGCGCGGAGUUCGUGGAGCUGCCUGGCGACCUGUUCGUGGCCCGGAACUCGCUGGCGCGCCUCGCGCUCGGCGGGUUCAGCCUCGGCGCCGUCCCGGCCGCUCCGGGCGGGCUCGCUGGUCUCCGCUCGCUCUCCCUCAGCCACGUCGACCUCGCAGGCGAGGCGGUUCGCGACGUCGUGUCCAGCUGCCGGGCGCUGGAGCACCUCAGGCUGAGCAGCUCCGGGUCCUGGAGAGAGUGCGAAUCGAUUAGGAUCGCCAGCGAGACGCUGCGGGUCCUGGAGAUCGUAGGAUGCAUAGACGUGAAGCAGGUCCGGGUCACCGCGCCCGCGCUCGAGUCGAUCGCCUUCCACGACGACGACUUCUUCUGGGAGGACGCCGACGACGUCGUCUUCGACUUCGACGACGACAUGCCGGCUCUGCGGGACGUGUACCUUUCUCGAAUACGCUUCGCCCACGACUCUGACGAGACCGAGUUUGACUCCUUGUUGAGCGACGUCGAGCAUGCCCCGGUUUGGACGCUUUCCUGCGACGGCUGGAAUUUGCGGGUGCGGUUCGAUACGACGAACAUACAGGAGCUGCAACUGCUGAUAGCCUCCGAAGAUGAUUAUGACGACGACCUCGAGGUCUUCGCCGGUUUCUUCCAGGAGAACGAGCUUCCACUCCUGGACCGCUUGUUUCUCCGCUUCCCCGGCCACGUUACAGAUGCAAGCGACGCCGACGCGGCGGCAGCACCGGCCGGCGAGGUCGUCGACGACUCCGAACGCGAGAUCGACGACGAAUUUGUGCUUGACAGCCUCAGCUUCAUCAAGCUGGUGAAUUUCAGAGGGACGAGGUUCGAGCUGCAGCUGCUCGCCUUCUUCCUGAAGAGGGCCCCUGCCCUCAAGCAGCUGGUGCUGGUCACGGGGGGAGAAGAGGGAGGAGCUCCGGGUCCCGGAGAUGAGCACCUGGAGGUCAUCCAAAGGCAGGUGUCGGCGAUGCGGAAGGCAUCCCCACACGCACGUCUCACCGUGUGCGGGCCGUGCCAAGACCGCAGCCAGAAUCCUGUGCACACGAGGCUCUACGACGAAGAGUAA